AUGCGUAAACUAGAAGAAGUCAAGAAGAAAAAGGCUUCCAACAGCUCGAUGAAUGCACUAAUUGUACAAGAAAAUGCAGGGGAAGAUGAGUUCGUUGGUGUAGAAGUCUGGUCAACAGACUCUGAAGACGAAGAGGUUAGAAGACCCACUCAUGGAAAGGCGCUUGUGACAAAGAAUGAAGGUUCUGGUGGAAAAUGCUUUAUCGUCACUAAUGGUCCAUCAACCGAAAGUGCAAACACAGAACCGAACCUGACAGAAAACAAGUGUUUUGCAGCCAAGCCGGAAGAUGAGGUUAUAUCAGAGUGUGAAUCAGUAGUAUCCUCUGAAGAAACAUCCAUGUCGUAUAGGCUAGGUUUAGAUAAGAUAGAAACUUUUAUCGAUUCUAAGGAACAUAAAAGUAUGUUAAAAGAUAUCUUAGAUGAAAGUGACAGGUUAAAGAUUAAAACCGAAACUAUACGAACAUUCGAUGAGUCAAAUGCCAAAAUUGUUAAAGAUAAUAAAAUAAACUUAGAUAAUUCAUCUGAAUUUGAUGCGGAGAGUGAAAUGAGUGAAAUCUCAGUAGAGGACGUUGUUGAUUGUUCUAAGUUUGUGAAAAAUGAAACCCAGAGUGAAAAACCUCUUAUUUCAGAAAAUUCGGUUGAGUUUGCUCGUCUGUCAAAGGAACAGAAACCGAAACUCAAAGAAAAAGCCUUGGUCUAUCAAAAGGUACAGACCGUGCCAAAUCAGGUUUAUGCUGUGACUGGAGUCACUCAAAGACAAACAACAAAAUUAAGGAUAAUAAUUGACGAGGAUAACGCUGAGGGAUGUGAAGACUAUUUCUGGUCUGCUCCCAUUGAUAAUGCAGAUGAAACCGUGGGAUUGUCUGAGAAAACCACAUGGAGAGUCAAAGGACGAUACAUACCAGAACCCAUCAAUAAACCUUCCAGUUUCGAUAUUCCCAGCACAAGCGGAACUAAAGAUGUUCCUGAAGAACCGUCAGUUGAACCUGAUGUUCCAAUCGAGAGGAAAGAACCGAAAGGUCCACUUAAGAGACAGGAAGCACCGGAAGUUCAAACUAAGGAAAGUAUCGAAACCAAAAUGGAAGAUAAGACAAAUGCAACUCAGAAGGAGAAACCACAAGCCAGCUUCAAUGUUCACAAAUCUCAGAAGGAGCUAGCUGAACAGAAAAGACUCAGAAAUCAAAGAUAUGCCUCGAAUCUGAAUGAACGGAAAAGGCAUUGGAAUUCUCAAAAUCCUAACUAUGAGCCUUCUAGGAAAGAAUCCAUGGAUAAAGGAAAGGAAAAGUCAAAGGAAAAUUUCAGUCCAAAUUCCUAUUAUUCCAAAUCCCAAAACUGA